UCUGAUUACAGAUAAAAAAGUAAAUAUUGGGUAAAAAUGACUACUUUUGGGGUGCCUCAGUCGCCUGUGGGUUUGUUCUACAUCACAAAAGCAGAACCCAAAGAACGCCUGGAGGAGGAAUUGGAGAUGCAUGGUAGCUUCGUGCGCCAGAUGAUUGCUCCUCAAAGACCAGAACAGCCUGCCAAGUCCAAUCAGGAGAUCCACGACAUCCUGGCAUCUUCUGCAAAUGCGAGUAAUGAGAACCACGAGAAAGUUUGUCUAGGUCUGUUGUACAUUAUUCUCACAAGCAGUGAAACAGCUCCGAGGUCCUUCCAAGAUCUGACACUGAUAACCAGGGACCAUUUUGGACUCAUUUUGACAAAGUUGAAUAUCAUCAUCAUGGAAAAGUAUUUCAGACUGCUAGACACAGCAAGACAGCAGCUAGUGUGGAUCGUCCAACAGCUUGUCUCAUCUAGAUGUGUAGGAGCUAAUCAAUGCUGCAUCUGUCUGAUGAAGAACAUAAUAGGCGGUGAUGUCUCUUCCAAAAACAUUUGGCUCGCGGAACGCUUGCUGGAAAUAUGUCAAGAAAACGAAAUUGCAAUAUUCGAGAACGACAAUCUAUUACUUGGUCAUUUUAUUUUCACGUACUUGAGGCUCAUUUGCGACCACAGAGGAACCAAAUAUGAGAACUUGAGGAAGAAUGAGAUCAAAUUUUGUGUUAGUUUGCUGAGGAGUAGAUUCAUGGACUGUUGCGUAAUCGGGCGGGACCUGGUUCGACUCUUGAUGAAUGUGGCAAGGAUUCCAGAGUUCCAGCAGCUGUGGAAAGACAUCCUCUACCAGCCACAGACACUGAGUCCGAAGUUCAACGGGAUUCUCAGUCUUCUCCACAUCAGAAGUCAGCGCAAAUUCAUCGCCUCCAGACUAACAAUUGAAAUGGAGAACAAACUCAACUUCCUAAUGUCCAAAGUGAAAUUUGGAAAUCACAAACGAUAUCAGGAAUGGUUCCACAAAUCAUACCUUUCAACAGCCGAAUCUCAAAAUCUAUGUCCUGAUCUAAUCAGAUACAUCUGCUGCGUAAUUCAUCCAACCAAUGAGAUCCUUUGCUCAGACAUCAUACCGCGCUGGGCUGUGAUUGGCUGGCUCCUCCUCCAAUGCAAAUCCAACUCGAUAGCAGCGGAGUGUAAGCUGGCUCUCUUUUUCGACUGGCUAACUUUCCAGUUAGACAAAGACAACAUUAUGAAUAUUGAACCAGCGGUGUUGGUGAUGUAUCAUAAUUUGAAGCAUCACACGGCCACCUCAAUCACGCUUCUGGACUUUCUGAUCAGAAUCCAGGCCGAUUUCUACCCGCCACUGCAGCAGGCAUUGAAGCAAGGGGUGCACAAUUCAUUCAAACUACUUCUGGAGAAAAGAGUGCUGCCGUCAUUGGCGCCCAUUUUUGAGAGCAAUAAAUUGGAUCCCGAAUUGAAAGCUCAAGUGAAAGCAAACUUCGGAGACUUCAUGGAAGCAGUGCCAGUUCCACUGCCUGGACCAGGAGUGGUGAACCUGCCUCCCCCUCCCCCGACCACUGACCACCAGAAAGUGACUCAGGCUCUGAUGGAAGAUAUCAGUCCCCUAGCUGAACAGUCUUCCAGUUCGGAAACCCCCACGUCGGGGUUGGUUGUGCCGCCGACUACGCCGUCUGCAUACGAUAGUGGAUUGGAUUCGGGCGGUGAAGGUGGUGUUGGUGGCGUGAAGAAUGAGUUCAGCAGUGACGAGGAGGAAGUGGAUGAGUUGAGACCCCCGCCUGUGAUAUUAGACGAAGAGGACUGCACAUUUGGCAUCGCUACCUCCUCAACGACAGAGGAACAGCAAACAGUUCAUGUUAAUAGCACUGCCGCCAUAUCAGCCAGUCUCAAACACACAAAACCACCAGCCAGCAAGGAAUCGAAAAUUGUGAAUAGUGGUUCAUUUGUGGAGUACAGCUACAGUGUACAGGCGGUGAAGGAGUUAAUCGUGUACCCAAUCGUGGAUAAGCUGGAACAGGAAGACAUCUCAAAAUAUUUCAGCCAGAUUGACGUGGAUAUGCUGGACUAUUUGAAACAAUUGCACAAGGAAGACCUGGUCACUACGAAUGCUUCACUUGCCUCGGAGUUAAUCAAGAAGAUAUGUGAGAUCCAGGCUACAUAUCAAGACGCAACCAGAGAAUCAUGCGUUCCGCUAGCAGCCUGCCUUUGCUCUCUUUUGGUGCCAAACUUCCAGGUGCCUGUUCUGAAGAAGGGUGACGAUGGUAGUAAUCAGGUGGACUUGAUGCCAGCACUGGGUCUCAGUCUGAAUGACGUCACUGCGCCUAAUAAUGGCAGUAUUGCAGGGCAGAAUGGAUGGGACAAAUAUGCCCUGCAGGUGCUGAAGAAGCCACUCUAUGCAGUGUUCCAAGUACUCUGUCAGCCAGAGUGCGACUCGCUUUCUCUUAGUCACAUGGUUGCGCAGAUGUACGAGUUGAACAGCAGAGUGGGCUACCACCUGCUGUUCUACCUGGCAGCCACUGCCAACCAAUCGGACUCGGACAGACUGUCCCAGGCCAGCAGCACCCAAACAGCCACAUCCACUGAUCCAAAAGAUGUCUACGUGGAUGUGAUGCUGAACUCACUGGACGAAGAGAUCAGCACUGCUCUGGUUAAGGAUAUGCACAUGGCGGCAAAACAUGAUAUGAAUCUGUUCAUGAAGCUACUGCCAUACAUCUUCACCAACUUCAGCCAAGAAGUGAGGGGCAGUGUGCCGAUGGCGCGUCUGAUUGUGUCCUCGAUUGACCCCAAACAGCUGAACAACAUCAUCUCCCUCAUCAUGUUGGAUGAGUUGGAAGUGGUGGAGGAGGAGUCAGUCUAUGACAUCCUGGUGGACAGUCUCCAGUGGGAGUCAUUCGAACAACUGUUCCUCUGGCAACUUAUAGGAGCCCAUGAACUCAGUUCAGAGAGUAUAGUCCCAAUCAUUCACAAAAUUAAUUGGAAUAAAGACUCGGAAGCAGCAUCAGCUAUUGUGCUUCGUCUCAAACGAGAGAAGCCCAAUUUCGACGUGCUCAAACAUAUCUAUUCGAGACAUACUACUCAAAGCAAUGAGAAUGAACAGGAUGAUGACCAAAUGAGCACGUCUCUCCUCUACUAUUGGUCAGUCACUUGCGCGUCUCAAUUGGCCGAUUUGACAAAGAGGCUAAUAAACGGAACCUCGAGUAGCGGAAAGUCUAGUCAAGCGAAGAUUGCGAAUGCGAUUCAUCAACACAGAAACCCGACUCUCACUGAAAUCUUGAGACACCUCGAUAAAUUGAGACUGAAUGUGGACUAUAAAAACGACGAUUUUUUCUCUCAAGAUGCGAUAAAUGAUGCGCUUAAAUUCGCACACUCGCAUAUUUAUAAAAGUCAGCGGGAGGAGUUUCAAGAUUUGUUCGGACUUAUAAAUUUAACUAGCCCGCCGUCAACAAGCAAGCGAAGUGCAAGCAGAACGGCCACAAUUUCGUCAGCUGUUUCGACUGCAGUUAGCAGUGCGUCAUCUGGUCGAAAUGCGAAGAGGUCGAAACGAGAAUCUUCGAUUGAGAUCAGCACGGAUUCGGAUAGCAGUAACGAUACACCGACAAAAGGAAGCAGUGUAAGUAGUAGCUCAAAGUCAGCGCCAAAGAAAAAGGCGAGAAGGUCCACGUCUAGAACUGCAAGUUCGAAAAGUGGGUCAAGGAGGAAUUCGAAUGAAAAGAGCACACACUCGAGUAGCUCCAAUGAAUCAGACUCUUCUGGGUGAAAAACUUCUGCUUGAAAUGUAAAUUGUAGUGGAAACUGUCUCUUGCAGUUGAAUAUUGUUAGGCUUGUUUUCCUAAUUAACUCUUUUUUGA